AUGGCCAUCCAGGAAGACCCCGCCUCUGUGCUGGACCAGUGGCUCCAUGAUGUGGCGAAUCUGCCGGCAGAAAUCUCACAUCUGUACGAGGAGAUGCAGGCCAAAGAGCAGCAGAUCCAAGACUGCAAGAACGUCAUUGCUGGCCGCGACAACAGCCUGCAGAAGUUCAUCAAGUUGAACGGCAGCCUAGUCGUCAACCCCAAAGAGGAGCCCUACAAGAAGGUCAUCCGCGAAAACUACGACAAGGCCAUCGUCCUCCAGAACGAGAAGGUCGCCCUGGCCGAGAGAGCACAGGCUUUGUUCGACCGCCACGUCAAGCGACUGGACAUCAAGAUUCGCGAUCUCCAGAACGACGGCUCCAUGGCCAUCGACCCCCAGCUGCCAACUCUGCUACGAGAAUCCAUGGGUAACUUGGUCCCGCCCCUGUCUGCCACCAACACAGGCGCCAACACGCCGCUCAACCCUUUGUCGGGUAACACCGGCGGAGGCUCUAGCAUUGCCAAUGCUGCCAUUGCUCGCAUCGUAUCCGCCACGUCCGGGGCUGGAAGGGCUAAUCCGCCUGCUCUUCAGAAUAUGCAGACGCAAGCCCUCCUCAACCAACAACGCCUCGCCAACGCCCAGACUGCUUCCCAAGCAGCAGCCCGACAGGAACGCGAGAUGUCGGCUAGCAGCGAUACCAAGCGACGUCGUCUCAAUGCUAGCCUUGGCGCCCUACCUCCCGCUCCGUCCUCUCUCGCUCGACAGUCUUCACUCGGUCCAGGCACACCAAAGCCUUCGACGCCCGGAGGCAGUCGCGCGGGAAGCGCGGGACCAAGGCCGCAAAAGCGGGCUCUAACAAUCAAAAAAGCAAAUCCUCAGCAGCCGUUGCGCAAACAGCUGGGCAACAAGGCGGGUCUUUCCAAGAAGUCCCGUCGUCGUCUGAAUGGCGGGUCACGUGCUUCUCCAUCCACGACAGCGGACGACGAAAGCGGAAGAAGCGAGGGCGGCACCGAGGACGAAGAGAUGACUGGUGUUGGCCACGACGGGGCAGCCGAUGCCGACGACGACGAGGGAGAUGAUACCAAGUACUGCUUCUGUCAGAGCGUGAGCUACGGCGACAUGGUGGCCUGUGACAACGAAAACUGCAAGUACCAGUGGUUCCACUGGGACUGUGUAAACAUCAAAGAAGAGCCAGUCGGGGACUGGCUGUGUCCCGAAUGUUCCAAGCCGGGGACCAAGGUCAAGCGGGCUCGUUGA